GACAGCACGCGCUUGAGAGACAACCUCCUGCCACACACACAAGCACACUCAAGUGCAUUCUGUGGACUGAAUAUACCAACAUAGAGGCGAGCCGUUCUGCUGGAAACCACAGAGAAUUGAAAGACUGGAGCAGACCUCUCCCCCUUCUUCCCCCUCCUCUCUCUUUCUCUCUCUCCCUCUCUUUCUCUCGCGUCUUCCUCUCUUUGAGCAUUACAGCGAGGCAUUGCGCAGGAUUUAACUCCCCUACUUUCAUCUCCCUUUUCUUUAUUUUAAUGUUUUUUUUUCCUUCCUCCAAUCCAUUUUUUCUUCUGUGACAGCCGUUGCUAUUGGCAGCGGGAGGAUAUUUUCAUUUCCAUAUUGGAGCGUUACGAGAGCUGCGAUUCACUCAUUUCUCCCACAGCCGUGUGUAUGUGAGUGAGUGUGAGUGUGAGCUUGGGGGGACGCUAAGAAGAACGGCAUCUAGAGACGUGUCUUCACUGCCUGGCCCCGUAUCGCUGCCCGUUGAGGCUGGCAUCAGGGCCGGCUGAUGCCACAGCAGAUCUGAGGCAGCUGCAGUCAUAGAAGCACAGACAUGCAUCUCAGCACUGCACCUGCAGUGGGUCGCAGGAGGAGAGGAACCCCGGACAGCCAAGGGCUGAUAGGUAUGCUGAGUGUGUGUGCUACGUUACUGCAGUUAUGCACCGGCUGUCCUUCAGAGUGUGUGUGUAACUCAUUGGAAGCUAACUGCAGUGGGCGGAGUCUAGUAACUGUUCCCAAUCUGUCCUCUUUUCCGGAGGGUAUGCACACCCUCCUCCUGACCAAUAACCGCCUCUCCUCCCUGCCUGUCUCUGCCUUUGCCAACCUGAGCACUCUGGAGACACUCGACCUUUCCAACAACUAUCUGGACAACCUGCCUUCCAGACUGUUCCGGGAGCUGGUUAAUUUGAGCGAUCUGAGUCUGCGCAACAACAGCUUGACAGUUUUGGAUCGCGAGCUGUUUCGUGGCCUGACCCAGCUGCGGAGGCUGGAUCUGUCACUGAACGGCCUUGCCGCAGUGCCACUGGGCCUGCUGGAUGAGCUGCAAGGGCUGACCUGGCUCUCCUUGGCUGGGAACAGACUUCACGCUCUAGAGAGAGCCACAUUUGAACCUCUCCUCAACCUUCAGCAUCUCGAGCUGGGCAUGAACCCCUGGGAGUGUGACUGCAACCUGAGAGACUUCAAGCACUGGAUGGAGUGGCUGAUAUACCGAGGUGGUUAUGUCGAUGCAGUUGAGUGUACACUUCCAAAGGACUUAAGGGGGCGUGACAUCAGGGGUGUACCUGUGGAGAUGUUCAACUACUGUUUGCAAUUAGAGGAUGAGAAUGGGGCUGGGACUGGAAGCACAAAAGGUGGAUCUCCUCCAUGUGCUCGGGCAACAGCCGCUCCAUCAUCUGAAGGUGCAGUGGUACGUACCGAGGUGGAGCUACCAGACUGUGUGAAACAACGAUAUCGGCCGGUCAGUGUUCGCAGGGCGAUUGGUACAGUUGUUAUCGCUGGUGUGGUCUGUGGAAUCGUGUGUAUCAUGAUGGUUGCUGCCGCAGCGUACGGCUGCAUUUAUGCCUCUCUGAUGGCAAAAUAUCAGCGAGAGCUAAAGAAGAGGCAGCCGUUGAUGGGUGAUGCAGAGGCAGAAGCCGACGCAGAAGAGAAACAGAUCUCAUCAGUUGCAUAGGGGAAUGAGAGGAGGGGUCAGAGUUCAGAGGUCAGCCGCUAAUAUAAAGAACCUUUAACUGGAUGAGCUGCACAUUGGAUGAUCACUUAGCUGCCCAGCGGAGGAUUUGUCAUCCCUGUUUCCUGUUUCUCUGUCCUUCCUGAGACUGCUCUCACUCUCAGACUAAAUAACUAAACUUAGUUAAACUUUGACCUUUAUGCCCUAGGACAAGAGGGACCACUCAGCACUUUAGAAAACCCCCAACCUUCCACAAGAUUGAGAGGAAGUGUAGAUGCUACUGUUCACAAUUCUGAACCUUGAUGUUUCUAGAGGAUCAUGUGCUGUCAUUAGCAGUAGCCUCUGUAGCAGCCUAAACAUCAACCCACACCCCCAAUGUUAACUCUAACCCUAAGCCCCAAAAGUAUCCCAAACCCCAACCAUAGACCUUAACCUUAACCCUGACCCCUAAUCCCCAACCUUAAUCCUAGUACCUAACUUUAUUUCCAAUCUUAAUCCUAACCUUGAUUGAAACCUCAAACUCCAAUCCUUAUACCAAACCCUAAACCCAAUCAUAUUCCUAAUCCCUAAUGUUGACCCUUACACCUAAUCCUAACCUCAACCCUAACACUUCAUGUCGAAACUAACCCCCAACCCUAACCCUACUACCGAACCCUAAUUCCAAUCUCAGUCUCAAUCCUAACACCUAACCCCCACCUUAUCAUUAUUUGUAACUCUAAACCCCAAUUCUAAUCCUAUCCCCAAACCCUGAUCCUAAUCCCUAACUCUAUCAGCCAACCCAUACCUUCAACACUAACCCUGUGUGAACUGAACGUAACCCCCACUUAUCAUAUCUGAAAUAUUCCCACUUUAUUUAUCAGACAUAAUAUAUUCUAUACAAUGUGAAGUGACCCCAGUUUUCAUAUUUUAAGUGUGAGGUUUGUCCUCUGUAUUGUGUGCUAAUAAUUUGUGUUUAAAUCAUAGUUCCCUUUACAAAAGGCUUCACUACGAUGUUGCGCUGCUAAGCGCUACGGGGAACAGCUUUCGCUGUGAGCCGAGCUGAAAUAUUGUGUGAAACACGUCAAUGAACAUUGACCGGAAUUUAUAGCCUCGGCUGAUGUAAUCAUUAGAUGCACCUGAGGCCAGGCUAUAAAUGGAUACGUUACCAGGUGUCGUCAGAAACUCUUUUUUCAGAGCGAUUCUGUUUCUGUGUGUUUCACACACCCUGUCAAAACUUUCUUUCCUCUGUUAGGAGUUAGAAUCAGUUAAACA